CUUCUUCUUCCGUGUCAAACCCGCUUCGAACUUCAUGAACCACCACAACAGAGAGAAGUCCUGUGUCCAAGUCGCAUUCUGCCCCAUGUUUUAUCAGUAAUAUCACAUUUAAUCACUGAACAUCUAGAGCCAACUACGCCGGGACAUGGCUGGUUUGCCGCCGGGAGACCCGCAGCUCGUCUCGAUGAUCGUCAAUCAUUUGAAAACACAGGGGCUCUUCGACCAGUUCAGGAGGGACUGCCUGGCAGACGUCGACACGAAGCCAGCUUACUUGAACCUGAAACAGAGAGUGGACAACUUUGUCUCCAAUCACCUCUCUAAUCACACAUGGAGCCCACAUUUGAACAAGAACCAGCUGAGAAACAACAUCCGACAGCUCGUGCUACAAUCUGGGAUGCUGGAGCAGGGGGUGGACAGGAUCGUGGCCCAGGUGGUGGAUCCCAAAAUCAACCACAUCUUCAGGCCACAAGUGGAGAGGGUGGUGCGUGAAUUUCUGUCGCCUGGCAGCUGCUCUGAGGAGCCACUGGCCCCGUCACCUUUAGCAGAGACCCAUCCAGACAUCAGCAUUCCUGAGCAGGCCUCGUCGUCUGCUCCGACUACCGCUGCAGCCAGCGACGCCAUGUCCAUCCUGGAAACAAUAACUUCUCUCAAUCAGGAGGCGAGUGUCAGGGCCAGCUCAGGCACCGAGAAAGGACGUAAAGGCCAAGCUUCAGAUGAGGCCAUGCAGCUAGUGGAGGAGAGCGACCAGGAUAUGAGUAUUUCCGAGGAUGGAGACAGCCAGCAUGAUGGGAGAACCCUGGAGGAGGCAGAGGAAGCAAAGGUGGCAUCUGAUAUCCAGGUGCUGGAAGUGAAGACCGAGGACAUCCAGGAGCAGAUGGAUGUGGGAAAAGAGGGGCUAAUAGAAGAGGUGAAGAUGGAGGAUGAGGAGUCAGGUGCUCAGGAGCAGACAGAGGAGGAGAGAGACAAUGCUACCAGCCGAAUGACUGGAAAACCUUCAGAGGAGAAGCAGGACGAUGAGCCCCUGAAAUCCACCAAGCAGAAAGCCAGAGAGAGGAUAAAGGAAGAAUACUCUUUGGAGGACUCUGACCUGGACGGCCUGAGCGACAUCACAGUGAGCUCUGUUCACACCAGUGACCUGUCGUCAUUUGAGGAGGAAAGUGAAGAUGAGGAGCUGCUGUCUGACUCAUCGGAAGAAGGGGAGCUUCCAUCUGAUGAUCAAGGUGAGAGUGACGAGAAGAAACAGGCCAGUGGAGAUGCAGGAGAGGAGGAGCGCAAGCCUCGUCGCAAGGCCUACGUUCACAAGCCAUUCCUCUACUCCCGUUACUAUAGUGACUCGGAUGAUGAAAUCACUGUGGAGGAACGACGGAGAUCUGCGGCAAAGGACAAAGAGGAGAGGCUGCUCAAGAGACAGCAGAACCGAGAACGAAUGGAAGAAAAGCGUAAACAGAAAGCGGCGCAGGCUGAAGAACAAGAUCGCAAAAGACAAAAGGGCGGAGACUCUGCUGGUGUGGACCGGCCCAGGGCCAAAGAGGCUCGCAAAGAAAGGAAAGUUCUGGAGAAGAAAAUGGCUCUCAACAGGAAGAGGAAACUAGACUCGAGGAAAGAGGGAGAUGUUAUAAGACGGAAGAAAGGAGACGCAGGAGGAGAGGUAUCCAAGAAAGUGGAUGCAAAAUCUGCAACCUCAAAGACUCCACAACCAAAAUUGAUAAGAAAUCUGUCAGAAUCUGCAUCAUCUGACGAGAGGCACAGAAGGACGAGCGGCAGCGUUUCAGAAGAUUCCAGUGAAUCCAAAAAGCUUUCUGACAAAGGCCGGACACACUCCUUCAUCUUGGAGUUGGAGCAAGGUUCUCAAGAGGCUCUUAAACAACGUUCAGUUGGAAAAUUUGAUCGCCUGUCGCGUAAAGAAAUUCACUCUAAGGAACGCAAAGAGAAAGAGCGCAGCCUGUCGGAUGAACCUGCCAAACUCAAGCAAAAGCAGGAGAAGAAAUCCGAACAUCUGGCAGAUGAAUCUCAGCACAAGGACGGUGUUAAAGUGUCCUCUGAAGAGAAAGGUGAGAAGAAGCCCAAGAUUAAAAGUGAGAAGAAAAUGACAGGAAGCACAAGAGAAGGAAAGGCGUCUGUGCCUGAAGGUGUAGCUGACGAUGCAAAGAAGGUCAAAGCUCCAACCACCGAGGCUAUCAAAGCAGAGAAGGACAAGGACAAACAGAAAGACAAACGGGAAAAGGAUAAAGAUAAGAGCAAGGAGAAGGAAAAGGCUAAAGGAGAGAAAACUUCAGCUAAAAGUGAUUUCAAGCAGCUUCUGCGCCCCGACUCUGCUGGUUCCUCUGAGGAUCGGUCUGACAUGGAGCCUGGGUCAGACGGCAGCAAGAAGAAAGAUAAACACUCCAAGGAAGUCCUGAAAAGGUCAAAGAGCCACACUGAGGACAAGCUAGGAGAAAAACCCAAAUCUACAACGGAUAGUGAGAAGGAGAAGACAAAACCAGAUCCAGACAGCCAGAAGUCAAACAAGUCUAGCUCUGAAACAGACAAAGACCCCAAAAGAGUCAAGACAGCCGAUAAAGGAAGAAUCGUGGAAAAAUCGAAAUCGAAAUCCAAAGAGGAAACAAAGACUCCAUUGUCAUCAAAGGCCGAUAAGAAAGUUCAGAAUUUAGAAGUCAAAAGUGCAGCGGGUGCAUCUAUCAGCAAACCUGAGGCAACAAAGGAGAGGAAAAAAGAUGGAAAUGCAAAGGAACAGCGGAAAGCCUCUGAAGAACCUUCACAGGAGAAAUCAGAAAUUAGGAGUGCAAAGAAAAAAACAGAGAAGAAGGAUAAAGUCCCAGAGAAGAAAGACGACAGCCAAGAAGAGAGGAAAGCCCCCAGAGACGACAAACUGGAAAAGUCUGAUAAAUCCUCCAUGUCUUCUGUUUCCUCUGUGAGUCUUGAGGCGGAAGAGCCACCGAAGAAGCAAUCUCUUCUCCAAGACACAAGCACAGACUCUGAGCCCGUCACCACCACUGUCACCGCCUCGUUCUCAGACGACACCUGCGACGCUCUAAGUGACAUCACCCCCGAGCCGCCCGAAGGAGAAACGGAGUCACGCCUCGGGGACAUCCCCGCUGUGCCGGCCGAGGCCGACGCUCUGCUGACUCUCAUGGACGUUUGUACGUCGGUAGAGGCGAGACUUCCGCCCGAGAGCGUUCAAGAGGAGGCGUCCUCUGAGAUGGCGCUUCAGGACGCUGAUAUGAAGAUGAAAGAGGCGGCUCUGACUCUGCUCUCCAUGGAUCCUGAAAGUACAAUGGCCUCCAGGUUAAUAAGUCCAGAUGCAAAGGAAGAACCAGAGGUGAGCCCUCCUGCCCAGCAACCCAUGGAAACAACUGCAUCUGAAGAGGAAGAGAAGCAAACUCCCACAGAUGAGCAAACAGCUGCUGCAACUGAGUUCACAGCCACUGAGAUGUCACCAGCUCCGUCACAACCAACGGCCGAGCUUGUAGAUGAAAAACCAAAUGGUGCAGAUGAAUCUGAAAACCCGGAGAAAGAAAUGGACGCAUCAAAGGUUGAAAGUUCUGAGAGUCUUGCUCCACAGGAGGAUGACCCCACCUCAAAUGAACCUCAGGCUGCUUUGAACGAGGAAGAAGCCAACAUGGCAGAAAUGACUUCAGAUGAGCCAGAUGAGGAAAAGGCGGCACCAGCAGCUCACACAGAAGCUGCGGUUGCUGUCGUGUCUGAGAACGAGGAGAUCAGAGGAAAUGGAGAAGAAACCGCUGAACAAGUCUCUGAACAAGUCUCUGAACAAGUCUCUGAACAAGUCUCUGAAACCUUCAGUAAACAAGAUCAAAGUAAGCCAGAUGUUUCAGACACAAAGUUGUGCCCAGAGGCAGCGGAACAGGAAGCUGAGGAGAACCAGGCCAAGAUGGACAUACACGACAGUGAAUCUGAGAGUAAGAAACAGGAGGAAGAAAACGUUGCAGCUGAGAAGAGUGAUCCCCAAACUAUGGAAACUGAUGUUCCAGAGAAGACGGAGGAGAGCACACAAAGUGAACCUGAGCGACCGUCCAAACUAGUCAAACAAAUCAGCAACAUCUCCAGCACAGACAGCCAGGAGGAUGAGAAAGGAUCAGACCUGUCUGAAAAGGAAGAGAAGACGGGGGGAAGAGGAAGACGUAAAAGAAAACUGUCCAGUCAGAAAGUUGCGUCCGUGAAAGAAUCUGGGGAUGAGAAGGAUGAAAAGGAAAGUAAGGAUCAACCAUCUGUUGAGGAAAGUGAGCAGGAGAAGGUUGUCGAGGUCAAAACACCUCGCAGGGGACGAUCAUCCCGAUCAGCCGAGGAGACGGAGAAGGAGACGGAGAAGGAGACAGAGAAGGAGACAGAGACGGAGAAGGAGAAGGAGACGGAGACGGAGACGGAGGCGGAGAUGGAGAAGGAGGACAAGGAGAAGGAGAGGGAGACGGAGAAAGAACUGAAUAUGAAAGUGCACCACAGGAAAGUGGUCAAGGGGAAAGUCAGCUCCUUCUGCCGACUCCUGUUCCAGAGGACGGUGGUGAUGCAGAGAACUCUGACUCCAAAGAGACCGCUGACAUACGAAACUCAGGCAAAACAACUGAUGGAGGAGGACAGUAGCCAACAGCAACAAAGUGAGCAACAGCCUGAAAAUGACAGUGGUGAUUCUCCUUCAGUGAGCCAGUCCGGACAAGAGGAGGUCAAAGAGCAGAGCUGCAGAGCAACAGCAGGAGGACCACGACAUGACUCCAAAGAGAACUGUUCGGAGAGGGCGGCCCUCGAAGGCAGCAGCAGCCACAGACGAUUCAGAAACAAGCCAAGUAAACCAUCCACCCGGGCAAGUCGACAGAGCGGUAAAGAGGAGGCCGCAGCUGGCACACGCGGAACGAGGGGCCAGGCGGCAGCGGCGAAGGGGGGCCGUAAACGGGAGGCCAGCCCCCCUGCGGUGCGAACCCGGGGAGGACAGAAAUCAGAGGAGCCCCCUUCCAAGAGAGCUAAACGCUGA